CGCCCCUGAGCAGCGCCGUGCUUCGCGCAAUAGCCAAGAGCGAGAGCAUCGACCCCACGCCGUCUUCACUGCCGCCGGAGAGUAACGAGGCUGACGUGCCGUUAACUCCGAAGCGCACGUCCGUCUACAUUCGACGUCUCUUAGGCCUCGGGAGCACGUCCUCGAGCCGCGCUACAUCCUCACCCACCUCAAAAUGGGAGGACUUAGAAUUUAGCGACUCGGGCGCCGUCUCGUCGUCCAAACCCUCCGCCUCCGCCGGCGCAAUCAACGGCCGCGAUCAUGCCACGUCAGCUUCCGCGGUACUCGCCAGCGGCUCCGCCGCCGCCGCAGCAGGGGGAGUCGGCGGGCUUAAGGGGAGGUCGCGGCGGGAGCGCAGCGUAUCUCCGGUUCCCCAGGGGAGCCGCCUAUUCGCUCCCACCCAAGCCUCUAUGGCCAAAGCGCGCGCCGCCGAUAGGGUCAGCGCCGCCGCCGCAGCUGCCGCCGCAAUGGGCGCCGGAAAGAAGGCGUACGAUGGCGGCGCCGCAGCCUCCGCUGCUGCUACCGCCGCCGCAGCCGCCGCCGCCGCAGUUGGCGUCGCCGCGACCGGCGGGAACGUCAGCCGCAUCGUGCCGAGCAGUCUGCUAGGGCUGGACGGCAAGUGUACGGACGAGCUGCCGGCGGCAAUGCCAGCGGAGAUGGCUUCUGCGCGGGCGCUGUCGGGGAAGAGCCGCGGCAGCCGGGGGGACAAUGCGGGGAGCUCCGCGGCAGGCGGAGCUGGCGUAGCAGCGAGCAGUAUUUCCGCCAUCCCCGCCCGCUCGCUCUCAACCGGUUCGCUUUCUUCCACCAAUGGCGGGAGCGCGGGGAAGGGGGGAAAGGAGGGUGCUUCCGCCUCCGCCAGUCGGCGCGGAAGAUCAACAGGGCCCGCUGACCGGGAAGACAGCAGGGCAAGCGCAGGCGCAGGCGCUGGCGCAAACCCGCGGUAUGGCGGAAUGAGCGGGCUCCGUGCGCCUGUCCCGGGCGGAAGGGAGCGCCUUCACCCGCACCGUUCCCCCACCCACCCUACAUCCUCUGCGCAUUCCGCCCUCCCCCCCCAUUCGCGCUUACUGCACGCGGAAGAAAGCCGCGUACCCGGGGGAUCGGGGAAGCUCUACGAGUUCUCCCCGCCCCUGGGGUCCUCCGCGGCCCUGCGCGCGGAAGCGGAUGUCCGCGGAGGUGCUGGCGCCAUCGGCGGAAGCGGGAGCGGAAGCGGAAGCGGCGGGAGGAAGCGCGUGGGGAGCGGGAUUGCAGGCUACGCCGGCUCGCUUUCCGCUUCGAGCUCGAUGGAGCUGCCGGCUGGCGGCGCGAAACCCGCCGGCUAUCGCGCCGGCUCCGCGGAUAGAAUUGACGGCGCUGAUGCAUCGCCGGACUUGACUGGCGUGAGCGGCUCGCCAGCACGGAGUGCGUUGACGAAGCACGCGGCGGCGGCGGCCGCCAACGGGCGGUUUUCAGCGAGAGGCGGCGGCAGUGGCGGCGGGAACAGGAAUGGCGGGGGCGGGGGCGCGGGCUUGGACGAUAAGGCGGCGGAGCUGUUCUCCCCCGCGCUAUCCUCUUCCCCGUCGCGCAUUCCGCUUGCGCGCAAGGCGCAGGCGCAACUGGCGCAGCAGCAGCAGCAGCAGCAGGCGCAGCAGGUGGCGUCUCGCGCGAGUGUAGUCGCGGCAUGGAUCGAAGCGUCCGCGUCCGCCGCGGCUCUCGGCAGCAGCUUCGACGCCUCUUGCUCCGCCUCCUCCGCCUCCGUCUCCGCCUCCUCCUCUCCGCUCACUGCUUCGGCCUCCCUCCCUCUAGCACGUGCAGCAUCAUCAUCAUCAUCAUCAUCAGCAGCAGCAGCGGCAUUGGCGGCUGCGGCAUCCGUAGCAGACAAGAGCCGCUUCUGUAUCCCCGCCGCCGCUCCUGCCGCCCCCCCCGUUGCUCCUUUUGCGCCGGUCGCGCUGCGCAAGCCAGAAAAUGGUACCGCAACCAUUGGUGCCGGCGCUGGUGCUGGUGGUGCUGAGGCGGUCGCUAGCGCUGCUGCUAGUGUCGCGGUGUCUUAUAGCGCGUCCAGCAGCUCGGGACCAAGCAUUAUUACAGCAACGACGAGCAGUGGCAGUAGCAGUGGCACUGGCGCGACCAACACUCCUAGCGCUGUCACUCCCCCCGCCUCCCUUUCCGCCACUUUUUCGCCUUCCUCUUCCCCCACCCCUUCCGCCCCCUCCGCCUCCUCCGCCUCUGCUUCCGCCUCCGCGUCUCCGCUGCUCGACCCCGCAUCCAGUCAGGCGCUGGCGCAAGCGCAGUCGCAAGCGGCGCUCUCACUUGCGCAUCCCGCGCAGCAUAUCUCCCCCGCGCUUCUUCCGCACCUUCUCUCCCCGGCCCUGCAGUCAGCCCCGCUCGACGGCUCCGCUUCCCCAUACUCCGUCUCCUCCUCCUGCUCCGCCUCGGGGACUUAUUCCUCCGCCGCCCUCUCCCCCUCCUACUCCCUCGCCGCAGCUUCCGCCGCCGCUGUCGCUGCUGCUGCGGGAAUUGGCGGCGGAGUGGAGAGAGGAGGACGGGAAGGAGGGGGAGCAGGAGGAGCGGGAGGCGGGGGAGGGGAAGCGGGAGCGGGCACUAGCGCAAGUUUGGAGUUGGAGCUGGCUGGUUUCACCCGGGCUCUUUCCUCUGCCACUUCCUCUGCUGCCGGUGCUGGUGCUGCUACUGCUGCUGCCGGUGCUGGUGCUGCUACUGCUGCUGCUGCUGCUGGUAAUGUGCGUGGGAAUGCGGCUAGCCGGCAGGUUUUGGAGGUGGAGGAGGAGGAGGAAGAUGAAGGGCCGUUGCAGUUUGGAUGGCCACUUAAAUCCCUGGACUGGAAGCAGCACCAGGAGAUGCAGGAGGGGGAGGAGGAGGAAGAGGAGGAGGAAGAGGAGGAGGAUCAGGAGGAUGAGGAGCAGCAGGGAAAGGGGGAGCAUGGGGAAGUGGAGGGCAGUGCAAGUGCGCUGAAGAGAGGGGAGAGGGAACAAGGCGCCGAAGGGCUGAUUGACUCAGCAGUGGUUGCAUUAUCGCAGGGAGAGGUGGAGGAGGAGGAAGACGAGGAAGACGAGGAGGGAGAGGAAGGCGAGGAGGAGGAAGAAGUUGAAGAGGAGGGGGAAGAGGAGGUGGAAUCCGGUGCUCCAAGGCAGCCAGAGCAGGCGCAAGGGGUUGUGAACGGGAAGGUGGCACCUGUGCAGGUGGGAACGGGGCAGGUGGAUGUGGUGGUCCCGGCUAAGUCUUGGCUGAUGAUGGGGAAGCUCACAGGAGGUGGGGAUACUACGGGCAAUGCAGCUAGAUCCGCCAGUGCUGUCAGUGCUGUCAGCGCUGCCAGUGGUGGCAGUGUUAGCAGUGGUGCUGCUGCUGCUGCUGCUGGGAAGGUGGGUGAAACAGGUGGAAAUGUCAGCAUGAAGAAUGGAUACGUUGAGAAGCGUAGUGCGGCUAAGGCUGCUGCUGCUGCUGCUGUGUCUGCCAAAGGUGCUGCCAUGGCUGCUGCAACGGCUGCUGCUGUGGCUGCUGCUGCGGCUGCUACAGCCGCUACAGCCGCUGUUGCUGCUGUGGUUCCGGGGCUUGCUGACACCCCCCGGCGCACUGUAGCCUCUGGUUCCUCUGGUACCUCUGUCGCCUCUGUUGCCUCUAGUGCAUCUGGUGGUGGUCCCAAGGCCGCCCUGUCGACUCCCCCUGCCCGCAAGCCCGAGCAGAUGCCGCCUGCUGGGGUUGCUGGUAUGCUGCACGCGCAGCAGCACCAGCAGCAUCACCAGCGGCAGCAGCCAGGCGUGGGGGCCAGCAGGGCCAGCGUUGUUGCACCGCAGGCCAGCAGCAGCAGCAGCGGCAGCAGCAUGGCUUCUCUUGCUGCUGCCAGCGCUGCAGCAGCAGCAGCGGCAGCAGCAGCAGCCACCCCUGCUCCUGCUCUUCCUCCCCCUGCGCCCACCUCCCAAGCCAAAACCAUACAGCCGCCAGCAGCAGACCCCAUGACCCCCCCCCUGGCCCCCCUCACUCCCACGUCCCCCGUGGACGCCGUGGACCCCAUGGACCUGCUCACGGACCCCGGGCUGAUGGAGUGCCUGGGGGACAUCGAGGGCAUGGAGCAGGACCUCGAGUACCUCCGCCAUAUUCUGGUCCAGCAGCAGCAGCAGCAGCAGCAGGAGCAGAUUCAGUACCAGUACCAGCAGCAGCAGCAGUAUCAGCAGCAGCAGUACAAGCAGAACCUGCCGUACCCGCCAAUCCACUCCCUGCACCUGCCCAUCCCACCUCCCGUCUUCGAGCAACUCGAGCUCGGGAUCACCCUCUCCUGCCCCUCCCCCACGCCUCCCCUGGGGGUUCACCCAGAGGACCCUGCUUGGCUGGCAGCAGACCAGGCACGCCGGCAGGAGGAGCGUCGGCAACGCCGGCUGCUCUUUGAUGCUGUAAACGAGGCUCUAGGGAGGCGGCUCCGGCCGUUUCUAGAGGCUUCCCCGUGGCUGGAGGCGGUUCAGCAGGUGCCGCUGGUUCGGCCCAGGCCUGAGGGCCAGGCUUUGCUGCUGGAGGUUUGGGAGGAGGUGCACGACUGGCCGGUCCCGGCGUCCGACGAGGUUUAUGACAUCUUGGACGAUGCUGCUAGGAGGGACAUGGCUAGAGGGCUUGAUAAGUGGGCGGAUGUGAGUGGGGAGGGCCUCGCAUUGGUGUUUUCGCUCGAAGAGAUGAUAAUGGAGCAGCUUGUAGAGGAGAUCAUGGGUGAUUUGUCAGAGGUGGAGAAGAUGAGGAGGGGGAAGCGAGGGGUGCUGAUGAUGGGGCCGGCUUGGAAGCAUGGGCGGGUUGGGGGAGGGGGUGUGGGUGGCAGUGGUGGUGGUGGGGUGAGUGGAAGUAGUGGUGGCAGCGGCAGUGGUGGUGGUGGUGGCUUUAUUCCGGAUGCUAAUUCUCUGAUAGCAAUGAAGGGCCUGCGAUGGCUGGGGCGGCGAUCGCUCUAGAGAGAGGUUGGGGCGUAUGUUGAGGGGGGAGGGAGAGGGGAGAGGGGAGAGGGGAGAAGGGAAGGGGAGGGAAGGGAGCAGAGGGUAGGGAAAGGGAGGGGAGGUGAGAGGUUGAUCACUGUGUGUGGUGGCAUCAGUUGUGAUCAACCAUCAGGUGUGGUUGAUCACAUGCUUCUCCAUUCCCCCUUCCUCCCCUCGUGUUCUUGUCGCCCCCUUCUCUCCCACACCCUCUCCUUCUCUCCUUCCUGCCCCAUCCCAUCCUCCCCUUCUCUUCUCCUUCUCACACCUUCCCCCCUUGCUUCCUCCCCACCCCCCCAUCCUCUCUGGUACUGCUCUAGUGUAUCCCUUUCUGCAACCAUUACUGCCUUUAGGUUUUCUGGACUCAGCAUUAGGUAGUUUUUGGAUGGGGGAGUGUCCGUGCUUGACAAGAUAUUGGCAGUGGGGUGGGAAAGGAUCUAAGAUAUUGGUGAUGGGGUGAGGAGCGCUAUAUGGGUGCGUUAUCUGCUCUAUUGCACCUGUGUAGUGCUUGCGAUGCUUUUUUUAGUUGGUUGGUGCAGCUUGUGUGGAACGCUGUCGGCAGUGCAGCAUCUGUGUAACAUCUUGGUGGGGGGGCUGUGUGUAGCAAUUACUGUACUGCACCUUUCUCUGGUGCUGUAGUGUCUGCAAUGCUUUCUGUAGGUGUUCUUUGGUGUGGUUGGUGGUGCAGUGCAGUGCGGUACGAUGCGGUGUAGGUGUUCUUUGGUGUGGUUGGUGCAGUGCGGUGGGGCUUAGGUGUUCUUUGUAGUGGGCGUGUUGGGUCAUGAAAUGUGGUGACUAUAUUUGCAUCUGUGUGUGCCUAACCCAAAGGCUGGUAGGAGCAUUUUUAAUGCUCCCUUAUUGUUUUAUGUUAACUAGUACUCUAGUGGUUCUUUUUGUUAAAAUUAUAUAAGUUAUAAUUUA